GGAUGAAUUGCUUUCUGCUACAGAAUCUAAUACCAAUGUCAAUGUGUGGACAGCUGGAAGAAAAGAAAGUUGUGUUUCUUCUCUUAGCUAGCUUCUUUAUAUAUACCCUUCCAUUUUAUUACUAAUGAGGAUAUCUAAAAACUCACACAAAAUCAACAUCUUCAUCAAGUUGAUCUUUCUCUCCUUUUAACUUUGAAAAUCUUCUCAUUAUCAUUCUUUAUUUAGCUUAAGUGGUGGUGGUACUAAUGGCAUCCAGGAGAAUUCUCAAGGAGCUAAGAGACUUGCAAAGAGACCCUCCUACUUCAUGCAGUGCAGGUCCAGCAGCUCAAGAUAUGUUUCAUUGGCAAGCAACUAUAAUUGGUCCAAAUGACAGCCCUUAUGCUGGUGGUGUUUUCCAAGUCACCAUCCAUUUUCCCCCUGAUUACCCUUUCAAACCUCCCAAGGUGGCUUUCAGGACCAGAGUUUUCCAUCCAAAUAUAAAUAAUAAUGGAAAUAUUUGUUUGGACAUUCUUAAGGAUCAGUGGAGUCCUGCCCUCACCAUAUCCAAGGUUUUGCUGUCCAUAUGUUCACUGCUAACAGAUCCAAAUCCAGAUGAUCCACUCGUUCCAGAAAUUGCUCAUAUGUGCAAGACUGAUAGGAUAAAGUAUGAAUCAAUGGCUCGAAGCUGGACUCAAAAGUAUGCCAUGAACUAAGUCUGAAGGUCCUCUAGAAAAAGCUCUGUUUUGUGACAAACAUGAAUUUCUUGCCCUGAAGCAAUAUAUAAUAUAUUCAGGAGAACUGUUGUUUUAUAAAAAUGAGAAUUCAGUGACAGUUGGAUGUAUUUAAAUCUCGAGAUUUAUUUUGAAUAAAUGGGCGAUUUUAUUUU